AUGCCGGCGACGCGCUCCUCGUCCGCCGCAUCCUCAACCUCUCUCGGCCAGGUCGAGGUUUGCCGGGUCCUCAUCGACGCCGGCCACGAAAAGCCUUGCCCUGCCCUCAACGAAGAACACAAGACCGCUCUCAUGCUGGCCGCCCGUGCAGGGCACACCGACGUUGUCCACCUGCUCUGCGAGUCAGACCGGACGUGCAUCCUGCGACGCGACGCCCGCGGCCGCGAUGCGAUAAUGGAGGCCAGCGUGGGCGGCCACGACACCAGCCUCCAGAUCCUCCUCACCUACGUGCCCGGCGGGCCUGUCGAGGCCGUCCACCGUUCCGACCACGAGGGAAAUACGGCGCUGCAUUUCGCCAGUGGAAAUGGAAACCUGCUCGUCCUGCGUACCCUGCUUGCUGCUGGAGCUAACGUCGACAAGCGCAACGCCUGGAACUGGCCGCCCUCGGCGUACAGUGCCACUGUCCAGGCCGAGGUCCAUCUCAAGGGACUCGUCACCGAGAUGGGGAGGCGACAGAUGCAGCAGGGUAGCCGCAAGGAUGCUGCUGCCACGGCGGCCGCGCCGCCAAAGAAGAUGGCUGGAGGCCUCAGGGCUGUAACUGAUGAUGUGGCUGUCUGA